CCUCCUAAGUGGGUCACCUUCUCUCUGCAGGUGUUUCCCAUUAAACACUACCAGGACAAAAUCAGGCCUUACAUCCAGCUGCCAUCACACAGAAACAUCACCGGCAUCGUGGAAGUGAUCCUUGGGGAAACCAAGGCCUAUGUGUUCUUUGAGAAGGACUUUGGGGACAUGCACUCCUACGUGCGAAGCCGGAAGAGGCUGCGGGAAGAGGAGGCUUCCCGGCUCUUCAAGCAGAUUGUCUCUGCCGUUGCCCACUGUCACCAGUCGGCCAUCGUGCUGGGGGACCUGAAGCUUAGGAAAUUCGUCUUCUCCACGGAGGAGAGAACCCAGCUCAGACUGGAGAGUCUGGAAGAUACGCACAUAAUCAAGGGGGAAGACGAUGCCCUGUCAGACAAGCACGGCUGCCCGGCCUACGUGAGCCCUGAGAUUCUGAACACCACGGGGACCUACUCUGGGAAGGCGGCGGAUGUUUGGAGCCUUGGGGUGAUGCUGUACACCCUUUUGGUGGGACGAUACCCCUUCCAUGACUCAGACCCCAGUGCCCUUUUCUCGAAAAUCCGCCGUGGACAGUUCUGCAUUCCUGACCACAUUUCCCCCAAAGCCAGGUGCCUCAUUCGCAGCCUCCUGAGGCGGGAGCCUUCUGAGAGACUCACCGCCCCGGAGAUCUUACUCCAUCCCUGGUUUGAGUCCGUCUUGGAACCUGGGUACGUCGACUCAGAAACGGGAACUUCAGACCAGAUUGUCCCAGAGUACCAGGAGGACAGUGACGUUAGUUCCUUCUUCUGCUAAUCCCAGAAACCUCAGAAACCUCAUAAUUCUCACACAUGGCAUUUCCAUUUCCAAAGAUGGACAGGCCUUUCGACGUGGUGCCAACCAGACACGUGAUGGCAUAAAGACUGUAGCUGCUGAACUGGACGCGGCGCCCCUCGGACUGGCUGUGACCGUGACUUUACUGGUGUGAGCAGCGUGCACUCUGAUGGGCUGCCCUGCAAGCUGUCUCCCUUCUUGACGAGCCCUCGCCACCUAUCCCAGUGUCAGAUCGGGGGUCCGCCUCUUUUAUAGGUGGCACAGAGUGUGGAUAUCCUACAGCACGUGCUCAAGUGACGUGAACCUCCAAAGGGAGAGGAAGUGGAUCGCACAGUGACAUUGGGGGCAAUAACCUGUUUUAACAGGGUGACAAAUCAUUUGGGCCAAUACACCUGCCAUCUUUGAACUUGUCUUUGGUAGCUAGACUCUCGCUAUACCAGCUCCUCUGAGUGGAGAGUUCUUUUUUUUUAUGGUUUGGUUUAACACUCACCCUUUCUUCACACACGUUUAGCAAUGACUGCUCCGUGUCGGGGGCAGACAGUUUCAGGAGCAUAGGAGCCUCCUGCACCAUGAACCCAGACUCUCUCCUCUAUUUCCCGCCAAGACCUCAUUUGCACUAAUGCCUUCUCUCUGACCUUGAAACGUCUCUCCCCCUUCACUCUAAAAGCACCUACCAGCUGAUGGUGGAGAAGUGUCACAAACAAUUCGAACUCCUGGCUAUUUCAGAACUCAGCUCAGACAGAGACUGCAGAUUUUUAAAAAUAAUUUGAGCACUUGGAAACUGGUAGCUUUUUGGGUUCCUCUCAAAUAUGUUAGCAUUUAUCUUUUACUUUUUCCCCAAGACCAUCUCAGGGUGGAGUGUUUUGUCUAAGAGGAGAAAGGUAUGGAGUCUCUCCACUCCCCUCUCCCAAGAGCAAAUGUUAAAAUUUAGAGGAAGUGAAUUUUGGAUGGUUCUCAGACGAAGUUCCAGAAUUAUACUUUAAUCCCCACCUCCAUGGAUAUGGUCUGCCCUUGGCAUUGUGUGUGCGUCUGCAGUUUUGCAUGAUGGGUUGUUAAUAUUUCAAAUGUGGUGUGGUUUGUGAAUACAUCUGUAUACUCAGCAUCUGGAGGAAAUAGCAAACCCCAAAUCUUAAAAGUCGGAAGAACUUUGAAAGUCAUCUGGUCCAACUUCUUUUCUCUUUCUGCCACCUCCCAACGCAGAAAUCCACCCCCCUUGAGCUUGUCUUACACCUGGGAAUCCGGUCUCUGUUUGAAUGCUUCCAGAGACUGGAACUCACUCCCUACAAAAGAUAGAGCUUAACGGAGAAACUGCAACUUGCAUUAAAAAACAAAUACAGAUGAAAUACCAGUCAAUGUCUUGGACAGGACAGAAAUUAGGUGGUUAAACGGGUAAACCAAACAUACUGUAUUUUGAGAAAUGGCACAAAAACAGGCAGUCAUCUUCAAGGGCUAUGCCUAGGCAAACUACUAACAUGAAUUGUUAAGAAUGCCGUGUAUACCUCAUGUACUGUGUACUUUGUACAUAUAUUUUACCUUUUAUACAUAUGUUCGAUAUUUUUUGUUGUUUUGGCUCUGAGGCUUGUUCUGUUGUUUGUGUAUGUCUGAAUAACCUGCGUGUCUAAAACCACGUGAAAUGUGAAUGAUUAUUGGCAAUAUUACCUUGACAGAAUCAUGGGACUCGGAGAAGAGGGAGGACAGAGGCCUCUGUCGCACUAACGCUCUCGUGGUUGCUCGACUGUUGUAUCUGUGAUACAUUACCCGGCUAAGGACUCUGGCCGGGCUGGCCGGGGCUUCUGCCGGCGAAGCUAGAAACACUAGACCCUUCCUGUACAUGUGUAUAUAUGUGAACAGUGAGAUGGCCAUUUUUGACUUGUAGAGAAAUUUUAAUAAAUCUGGUUUCGUAAA